AUUCGAUUUGCAUAUUAAGUCUUUGAUACAACAGUGGGAGUUCAUAUCAUUCGCUAGGUAUCCUCCCAAUGUUUCCUCUUGGUGAAGUUGCGCGUGGCUGUCGAGCGAGUCCACCGUCGCCAUUUUCGACGACACCGCCGACCGCCAGCAUGACCGCCGCCUCCUCUGUCCACCACAUUGAACCCGACUCGGAACUGGCGCCAUCGUCUCCCAUCCAUUCGACUAUUGUGCGUCUUCACCCGUUGGUCAUUGCAGGCCCGUCAGGCGUGGGCAAAGGCACCCUCAUCAACCGCCUCCUAGCGAAGUACCCGUCGUUGUUUGGGUUCUCGGUGAGCCACACCACCCGCGGCCCUCGACCAGGCGAGGAAAACGGUAUCGCGUACCACUUCGUGACCAAGGACGUGUUCGACGAAGCGGUCGCCGCCGAUGCAUUUAUCGAGUUUGCGCGGGUGCAUGGCAAUGGGUAUGGUACGAGCAAGAAGUCGGUACAGGUGGUGCAAGAUGCCGGCAAGAUUUGCGUUCUGGACAUCGACAUCCAGGGCGUGCAGCAGGUCAAGCUGGCUAAAGAUUUGCCCGUGCACUACUUGUUUGUGGCGCCGCCGUCGAUGGCGGACCUGGAGGCGCGCCUGCGGGGCCGGGGUACGGAGACCGAAGACAAGAUCGGCCUGCGUCUCGCCAACGCGUCGGGGGAGCUGGCGUACGCGGACGAAGGUCACUUCGACAAAAUCCUCGUCAACAACGAUCUGGACCAAGCGUUCCAAGAGCUCGAGCAAACGCUGGCUGCGUGGUACCCCGACGUCCACUUUAACGACCACGCUGUCAAGAGUAGUGGCAACCCACAAGUGUAGUGGCAGCCAACAAAAGAGUAGUGAUAUUGUCAAUAGAAUUAGACUGAGAUGGCGUGGUGGUGGGGGCUUGCUUGGUGGGUGGGUUUGUACCAGUUGAAUGCAAGCACUUCGGGAGGCUGAAUGUGU